AUGGCAACAUUUGAUAAUUAUGAAGAACCUAUGGUUAUCAUUGUUGGUGGUGGGCCUGGUGGUCUUGCUACAUCUGCAUGUCUAAAUAAAUUAUGUAUACCAAAUCUCAUUCUUGAAAAAGAAGAUUGUUACUCUCCUAUGUGGAAAAAAUAUUCUUAUGAUAGAGUUCAUCUUCAUUUAGCUAAACAAUUUUGUCAACUUCCUUAUAUUCCUUUUCCUUCUUCUUCACCUACUUAUAUACCAAAAACACAAUUCAUUCAAUACUUGGAUGACUAUGUUACUCAUUUUAAUAUCACCCCUUUUUACAAAAGAAAUGUUGAAUUUGCUAAAUUUGAUGAAUUUACUAAAAAAUGGAAUGUUAAGGUUAGAAAUGGUAAUUCUGAUGAAAUGGAAGAGUAUUUUUGUAAAUUUCUUGUUGUAGCUACUGGUGAAGCUAGUUACCCUUUUAUCCCUGAUGUCCCUGGAUUGGCAAGUUUCACUGGAGAUGCUUUUCAUUCUACUCAAUACAAAAAUGCUGAGAAGUAUAGGGGUAAAAAUUCCUUGUUGUUGGUUGUGGAAAUUCAGGCAUGGAAAUUGCUCUUGAUCUUGCUAAUAAUGGUGCUAAUACUUCAAUCAUUAUUCGAAGCCCGGUAA